AGAGAAAAAAAAAAAGAACAAGAAGACGACGCGUAGUUGGAGUCGGAACGGCGCACUGUUUUAAAUUCACACACCUAGCGAGCGCAAAGUCAAAAACAUUUUUUUUUGUUGUUGUAAACAUCGUCGACUCCGAUGCUGAGCUCCGACAAGCCAAUCGCCUCCACUUGGCUUGACCGUCUCCGCAUAAGCAAAGGACUCUCCACCACCGAAGACGACGAUGCUUCCGGCAAUCCUCUCAGCCUCGACGACUUCCUCCGCCGCAACCACCGUACCGACACCUCCGAUUCUCCUCCAACUCCCUCGGAUCCGGAGCUAACGGAUAGUCCGGCGGAUCCGAAUCCUGGAGAAUGGUACGGCGUGAUGAGCGAUGUGCUCUCGGAGCUUUUCAACUACAGCGGCUCCUCCUCUCGCUCGGGGACGGGGAAGAAGCUUCCGAGGAAACAGUCAAACCCUAAGCAUUGCUCUCCUCCUCAACUGGUGGUCUCGAUUUUUCUCCCCAGAUUCGUCACGGAGAAGAGGAGGAGAAGCGUCGAGGAAGAUGAUGACGUGGAGGAGGAGGAGGAAGGGGAGAAGGAUCUGGUUGGGUUUUCGAGGAGCGAAGUGACGGUGAUCGACACGAGCUUCAAGAUCUGGAAGUCGGAGAAGGUUGUGUUCCGGAGGAGAAGCGUGUGGAAAGUGAGGGACAAGAAGGGUAACUCGCGUGGUGUUGUCUCGUCGAAGACGAAGAAGAAGAAGACGAUCAAGUUGAAGAAGAAGAAGAAGAAGAAGAGGAAAUGCGAUGUGGAUGAUGUUGAAAACGUUAGGAAAAGCAAGAAGAUGAAGCUUUCAAGAUCAGUUUCAGACAACAGUCCACAAUAUUUGAGUGAAGAGAUUCGUGAUGAUCCAGAGAGCAGCAAUGCGAACCGAACCCUCUUGCGUAGAUUACCCUCUAAACCAAGAAGCGUACUACACACUAGCAAGAAGAACGGUGAACCAGAGGCUCGUGGACAUAGGUCAUUGGCUUGAUAUAGCCACUUAUUGCGUUCAAUGUAUAUGAUGAUUCUGCUGUAUGAUUAUUAUGUAACAUUCUUGUUUAUGAAUUGCUAUCAUCUGAAUUAAAGAGGAUCAACUGAUUAAGUCGUA